GGUUGGCCGGCCGGGAGGGGGUGUGCGUUCUGGAGCCAUUGCGCCAGCAAUCGGUGGCGCGGCUUUCAUAGCGACCCCGUUCGUGCUAGGUGCACCCGCCUAGGGAACUUGACAAGGAUACUUUCGGGCAGCACAUCAGCUUGGAGGGGGGCAGAGGGGUGUCGAGAGCCUUUCCCAGGUCUGACAUAAAGCUCUUACGGUUGUUCAUUGUAUGCACAUGGGCGGUAGUCGUUCUUGGCUUCCCAUAGUAACCUUAAAACUCAACAACGGCCCCCCAGAUUCCAUGCAACUCAUUUCCUCCCAGCCAAGUGGUUCUACAAGGCACCCCCCAAACUUAUAUCUACUUCAAUCCCACCCACUCUGUUUCUGGAUCAAGACAUUCACGUACUUCCUACCUACACCUAUACACCAAGAGACACAAACACAAGAACGCAGUGUUGAACAGUUAUACACACAUCUGCAUCUUUCUUCUCUAUUGUUUCCUUCCUCUCUCCCCUCUAUCACACCCUCUUACACUCACAACAUGGGCCUCGCCAUGGAAGACACACGCCAAAGAGCAGGCUCAGCUUCGAGCAACACAACUACUACCAAGGCAGAACGAAGAAAAAGCCAAUCGCCACAAGCCAGCAGUCCUGAAGCAGAAAACAGCGCCGAGACAGACCAGAAGGCCAAGAAGCGUAUCCAGAACCGUGUAGCCCAAAGAACAUAUCGCAACCGUAUGAAGCAGAGAGUCCAAGAUCUUGAGGCUCAGCUCUGCGAAAUGCGAGCUCGCCAACAGCAAGCACAGUUUGCCGGAGCUGAGUAUCCUGCAGCAAACAUGCACGCCGAGGGCACUCUUCCUUACCCUGCGGGUGCCAACAUGCAGCACACCAUGUGGCAGGCCGCCCCCAAUAUGGCCAGAACGCCUGGUGUGAUGCCCAACGAUGUCUGGCCGACGAUGCCUGUAGAUGGCACCCACACUCCUAACACCGAUGUCAACAUGCAAUCCAACGCUUUCAUCCCACAAAGCUUCCAAUCCCACGGAUUCCCCACGUCUGGAGUCAUGUCACCGCUUAACCUUCCUGGAUCCUCUGGUAUCGACAACCUUCCUCACACCAUGAUGCCUUCAGAUAUGGAUAUGCACUCUCCCGAAGGUAUGGGCCACCCCGGCCGCGGAUCCCUAGAUGUUCAGUCUCUCUACAAGAUGGGCCACCCUUCUGAGGUCUCAGAGGAAGAUGCCAACCCUUGGGACAACAGAUCUUAUGUCAUGUCACCUACCAGCUCGAGAAUGGGCGCCGUCGCCGCCAGCGGUACCGCCAGCGUCAUGUCAUCCUCUCCAUGGGGUUCGAUCGCCACGGCGCCUACUGAGGUCUCUGAGGAUGGCCUUCCUUCAAAACAGUCUACCAUGGAAGAACGCUUCGAGUAUGUCUUGGACUGUGCUAGAAAGGUGGGCUUUGAGACUUUUGACAACAUGGCCAGCCAAUAUUACGCCCAAAACUUUGAUACCAACUCUUCCUUGGCCAUGGACCAACGCGUGAGCCGCAACCGCCACCUUCCCGCUAUGCUCGCAGAUAUCCGUCAAAAUUCCGGCAACUGGAGCUCUUGGGAGCGCCGUGGAUUCCAGGACGAGACUCUCAAGACUGCAGAGGAGAUUUGCGCCGCUGAAUGCCGCGAUUUCAAGGCCAAUGGCGACGCUGCCAGCUUGGCGACGAUCCAGCAAAAGCUCCCCAAUGUGUGGGCUCUCCUCACAGGCUUGGCAACCAGCCCAGGCUUUUCCAGACAGGGAGACCGAACCAACCUGGUCUACCACAGCAUUAAGCAGCUCUGCGCCUUAGAAGAGAAGGCCACCCAGCUGGUGCAAGAAGCGAAAUGAUUGCGCACCUUCAUUCUUCACUUUUCUUUUUCCAACAAAGAUUCUUUUAAAGACUUCUCUUCUAUGCACUUAUUCUUCACAAGUCGCUGUAUUCUUUGUAUGCACAGGCUGCUUACUGUGCUAGCGGGCCCUUUUUUCCAGCACAGAGGCCCCUAGCUAGUUUGAAAUUAAAGUUUGACAUGGGCGUUUCGGGAUGGGCAGCGGCUAGGAGCCAGCCCCGGUUAGUAGCAUGGCUUAGACCAGCAAGCUACUUGUGUCUUUUUUUGCUUUCCUUUUUAUUCUUGGUUUUGCGCUAGCGCUGCAUAAAGACGGGAACUUACUCGGGCACUGGGCCCGGGGUUGGGGGCGAGAUUUGUCUUGUUUUUUUUCCUCUAUUUCUUUCGGAACAAAAAAGGCGAGAUGCAGAUUCUUCUUUUGAUUUGUUUUCGACGGCGUAUGGAUUUUUGGAACGAACGGAAUAUCACAUAGACUAUCGGCAAUGCAUUCGAUCUAACGU